UCUGAUAAGUCCGCGGUCAAUCAGCUGUGCCAAUCAACGAAAAUAAUAAUCAAUCCGGACGGUUCAAACGGAAUCAUUUUCGCGAGACACGCGUUGUUUGUUUUCGGUGGUUGCGCGUACUUUGCUUUUCGGCGCGCAAGAACCAUUGACUGCGGAAAAGGUCAUUACGCGGAUCAGACUCGGCGAUUCACCGUGAGUUGCCGUUGUAGAAAAAUCAAUUCACUCGAGUGACGAAAACAACACCAUGAGUGUGGGAACGUUUGAUGCGUGGGAUGCGGCCGUAUUGAUCAGCAUUUUGAUAAUUUCGGCAUUGAUUGGCAUCUAUUAUCGGUACACAGGGGGCAAGCAAAAAACCACAAAGGAAUACCUGAUGGCGGACAAGAGCAUGACGACGUUCCCUGUGUCCUUCAGCCUGAUGGCCAGCUUCAUGUCCGCCAUCUCCCUCAUGGGCGUUUCAAAUGAGUCGUAUCAGUUUGGGACCAUGUUUUGUGUGAUAAAUAUCGCCUAUUGGAGCAGCACGCCCAUUGCCGCCUACAUAUUUCUGCCGGUCUUCUAUCGCAUGCAGACAACAAGUGUCUACGAGUACCUGGAGCGUCGGUUUGGCCAGGCCACCCGUCUGUGUGCCUCCUUAGCGUUCACAAUUCAAAUGGUCCUCUACAUGGGGAUAGCCCUGUAUGCUCCGGCUCUGGCCUUGGAGGCUGUUACUGGCAUUCCGCGGAGUACGGCCAUAUUGGUUAUUGGACUGGUCUGCACCUUUUACUCGACGCUCGGAGGUCUCAAAGCGGUUCUGAUCACGGAUGUCUUUCAGUCGUUCCUCAUGUUUGCCGCCAUCUUUGCGGUGAUAGCUGUUUCAGGAAUAAAGGCUGGCGGCUUGGGCGCAAUUUGGCAGGUGGCCGCGGAGCGUGGCCGACUGGAGAUAACCGAAUUUUCACUUGACCCAACGGUGCGACACACCUGGUGGUCCCUAAUUAUUGGCGGCAUGGUAACCUAUCUUUCGCUCUAUGGCGUCAAUCAGACCCAGGUCCAGCGGCUGUUAAGCGUACACAACUUAAAGAGCGCGCAGUCUGCGCUCUGGUGGAAUGUACCUAUAUUGGGCUUGCUCAGCUUUAGCACCAUCUUCAGUGGACUGGCCAUCUUCUACUACUACCGCAAUUGUGACCCGCUGCUGGAGGGACGCAUCAAGUCACGGGAUCAGCUCAUGCCGCUGUUCGCUGUGGACACCAUGGGUCAAUAUCCCGGCCUGUGUGGACUCUUUGUCUCGGGAAUAUUCUCUGCUAGUCUUUCCAGUAUUUCAUCAGCGGUCACGUCUCUGUCGGCCGUUACCCUGGAGGACUACCUGAAGCCAUUAUACAAGGUCAUUUUUAAACGGACUCUAAUCGACUCCAAGUCCACGCUCCCCACCAAAGUUGUGGCUUUUAUCUUUGGUCUGCUCUGCAUUGGACUGGCGUUCGGGGCUGGUUCCCUUGGAGGUGUCCUACAAGCUUCGCUUACCAUCUUUGGUGUGGUGGGAGGACCUCUGCUAGCUGUCUUUACGCUGGGAGUCUGCACAACGCGCAGUAAUCAACGCGGCGUGCUCCUGGGCUUCUGGAUCUCGAUCAUUUUCGCCUUCUUCAUUGGAUUUGGUGGACCCAAACCGAAACCGCAGACCCUGACGUUCAGUACCUCAGGAUGUGGAAACACCACCAGCUUUGUCGCAGAAGACCUGCGCCUAGCCACAGAGAGCAGUCGGGUGGCCACUGAGCAGGAGUACUUAUGGCUCUAUCGACUCUCCUAUCUGUGGUUCAGUGUCCUCGGAUUUCUCAUCGCUCUAGUCAUUGGCUACAGCGCCAGCAGGGUCCUAACGUACUUGAAAUGGGCGGACAACUCACAGAUAUAUUUAGACAAGUACAGAAAACAGCUGGACUACGACCUCUUUGCUCCCCCACUGUCUCGUCGGUGGCGGCGCCAAGAGCAAGAACGGGCCCAGUCAAUCCAGGAUGAGAUAUUCACCAAGCUAACAGAGCAAUAGUUCCAGCGAUAGUUUUAGUAGAAUUUAAUGAAAAAAAGGAUUUUCUAGGAGGCGUCGCCUGGCACUCACCAACCGCUUUAGUCGUAGGUCUUUAGUCUAAUAUGAUUGAUGUCGUACCUAAAAGUGCAUAACAAUGUGACCUUUUCGUAUACCUGUGUGAACAAAGCUUGAACGCAGAUCGACCACUACAGAGUCUUCCAUAGAAAAAUAAUUAUAUAAAUAAUUGUUAAUUACAGUAGAACAUAUGUUCAGGCCUACAC